UAGCGGCGUCGGAACCCCGCCUGCAGUCUCCACUCUGUCUGCGUGUUCCGUGCCUGCCCUCCUCUCUCCCGCCCAGCUCUCCUGCAAACAUGGGCCCUGUAGCCGCCGCCCCGCCUGUGAAGAUUGGGAUUAUUGGUGGAACUGGUCUGGAUGAUCCUGAAAUUUUAGAAGGAAGAACUGAAAAAUAUGUUGACACACCAUAUGGCAAGCCAUCAGAUGCCUUGAUUUUGGGGAAGAUAAAAAAUGUUGACUGUGUGCUGCUGGCAAGACAUGGAAGGCAGCAUACCAUCAUGCCUUCAAAUAUCAACUUCCAAGCAAAUAUCUGGGCCUUGAAGGAGGAGGGCUGCACUCACAUUAUAGUGACUACUGCUUGUGGCUCUUUAAGAGAAGAAAUUCAGCCUGGAGACAUAGUCAUAAUUGACCAGUUUAUUGACAGGACAACCAAAAGACCUCAAACCUUCUAUGAUGGAAGCCAUGCCUGCUCUGGAGGAGUGUGUCACAUUCCAAUGGCUGAGCCAUUUUGUUCUAAAACCAGAGAGGUUCUCAUAGAGACUGCUAAGAAACUUGGACUCAAGUGUCACUCAAAGGGAACGAUGGUAACUGUGGAGGGACCCCGUUUUAGUUCUCGGGCAGAAAGCCUGAUGUUCCGUGUUUGGGGAGGAGAUCUGAUCAACAUGACAACGGUGCCAGAGGUGGUGCUUGCCAAAGAAGCUGGAAUUUGCUAUGCAACCAUUGCUAUGGCGACGGAUUAUGACUGCUGGAAAGAGCAUGAGGAGGCGGUUUCAGUUGAUAAUGUCAUGAAGACUCUGAAAGAAAAUUCAAAUAAGGCCACCAGUCUGCUUCUCACUGCAAUACCACAGAUCGGAUCUAUGGAAUGGACAGAAACCCUACAUAGCACGAAACACAUGGUCCAAUUUUCCAUUAUUUUACCAAGACACUGAAAUGGUGUGGAUACUCAGGAGCAGAAGAGGUCCCUUCUCCAGGAACUCCAGGAUGUAUAAUCACAGCAAAUAAUAGAGAAUCACAUGUUCUGUAUUACUUGUGAAAUAGUUGUGGUGAUAAAAGGCUGUAUUUACUCAAGAGUUUACUUCUGCUAGGUCUUGGCAACCUCAGAAGUAAGUGAACCUGAAGAUUUCUAAAGGUACUUGGAAACAGGCUGCCAUUCCAGUAUCUCUAAUAUUUACAAGUUUAAAGAAAGAAAAUACCAUACUGAAGUGGAUCAUUUCUCCCAACAUUAAAUGCUGACAGUGUAUUUGCUCUUAAAAGGAGGUAGUUUGUUGAGUCUUUUCUGUUACAAGAAUGCUUGACAUUCAUUUCAUUGCCUGUCUUUCCAAGAAGAGUUAUAUUUGUCUAGAAAUGAGGACAUAAUUCAAGAAAAAAAUAUGACUUUUAGUAUUGUAGGCAUUUUAUUGUUGAUAUUUUAUCUAUUUUUUUAAAUUGUUGCUGCUUUUAUGGACCGUGAAUUCCUUUAUAUAUGGUUUAUUAAUUUGAGCUUUCUGAUUUUUUAAUAAAUCAUUUUCUUGCCUA